AUGCCUCCUACCUCCAGCAACUCCCCUUACCUCCAGCAACUCCCCUACCUCCCGCAACUCCCCUUACCUCCAGCAACUCCCCCUACCUCCAGCAACUCCCCUACCUCCCGCUACCUCCACAACUCCCCUACCUCCCGCUACUCCCCUUACCUCCUCCUACCUCCAGCAACUCCCCUAAUGCCUCCUACCUCCAGCAACUCCCCUUACCUCCAACAACUCCCCUACCUCCCGCAACUCCCCUUACUUCCAGCAACUCCCCCUACCUCCAGCAACUCCCGCUACCUCCAGCAACUCCCGCUACCUCCCGCUACCUCCACAACUCCCCCUACCUCCCGCAACUCCCCUACCUCCCGCUACCUCCAGCAACUCCCCUACCUCCCGCUACUCCCCUUACCUCCUCCUACCACCAGCAACUCCCCCUACCUCCCGCAACUCCCCUACCUCCCGCAACUCCCCCUACCUCCCGCUACCUCCAGCAACUCCCCUUACCUCCAGCAACUCCCCUUACUGCCUCCUACCUCCAGCAACUCCCCUUACUGCCUCCUACCUCCAGCAACUCCCCCUACCUCCAGCAACUGCCCAUACCUCCAGCAACUCCCCUUACCUCCUCCUACCCCCAGCAACUCCCCUUACCUCCAGCAACCCCCCUACCUCCUCCUACCUCCACAACUCCCCUACCUCCCGCUACUCCCCUUACCUCCUCCUACCACCAGCAACUCCCCCUACCUCCCGCAACUCCCCUACCUCCCGCAACUCCCCCUACCUCCCGCUACCUCCAGCAACUCCCCUUACCUCCAGCAACUCCCCUUACUGCCUCCUACCUCCAGCAACUCCCCUUACUGCCUCCUACCUCCAGCAACUCCCCCUACCUCCAGCAACUGCCCAUACCUCCAGCAACUCCCCUUACCUCCUCCUACCCCCAGCAACUCCCCUUACCUCCACAACUCCCCUACCUCCCGCAACUCCCCUACCUCCAGCAACUUCCCUUACCUCCUCCUACCUCCAGCAACUCCCCUACCUCCCGCUACCUCCAGCAACUCCCCCACCUCCCGCUACCUCCCGCAACUCCCCUUACCUCCUCCUACCUCCAGCAACUCCCCUAACUCCCUACGUCCAACAACUCCCCUACCUGCAGCACCUCCCCUAACUCCCCCUACAUCAAGCAACUCCCCCUGCCUCCAGCAACUCCCCUUACUGCCUCCUACCUCCAGCAACUCCCCCUACCUCCAGCAACUCCCCUUACUGCCUCCUACCUCCAGCAACUCCCCUUACUGCCUCCUACCUCCAGCAACUGCCCAUACCUCCGGCAACUCCCCCUACCUCCGGCAACUCCCCCUACCUCCGGCAACUCCCCCUACCUCCGGCAACUCCCCCUACCUCCGGCAACUCCCCCUACCUCCCGCUACCUCCAGCAACUCCCCUACCUCUCGCAACUCCCCUAACCUCCUCCUACCUCCGGCAACUCCCCUACCUCCAGCAACUCCCCUAACUCUCCCUACCUCCGGCAACCCCCCUACCUCCCCCUACCUCCGGCAACUCCCCCUACCUCCGGCAACUCCCCCUACCUCCAACAACUCCCCCUACCUCCAACAACUCCCCCUACCUCCAACAACUCCCCCUACCUCCGGCAACCCCCCUACCUCCCCCUACCUCCGGCAACCCCCCUACCUCCCCCUACCUCCGGCAACUCCCCCUACCUCCCGCAACUCCCCUACCUCCAGCAACUUCCCUUACCUCCUCCUACCUCCAGCAACUCCCCUACCUCCCGCUACCUCCAGCAACUCCCCCACCUCCCGCUACCUCCCGCAACUCCCCUUACCUCCUCCUACCUCCAGCAACUCCCCUAACUCCCUACGUCCAACAACUCCCCUACCUGCAGCACCUCCCCUAACUCCCCCUACAUCAAGCAACUCCCCCUGCCUCCAGCAACUCCCCUUACUGCCUCCUACCUCCAGCAACUCCCCCUACCUCCAGCAACUCCCCUUACUGCCUCCUACCUCCAGCAACUCCCCUUACUGCCUCCUACCUCCAGCAACUGCCCAUACCUCCGGCAACUCCCCCUACCUCCGGCAACUCCCCCUACCUCCGGCAACUCCCCCUACCUCCGGCAACUCCCCCUACCUCCGGCAACUCCCCCUACCUCCCGCUACCUCCAGCAACUCCCCUACCUCCCGCAACUCCCCUAACCUCCUCCUACCUCCGGCAACUCCCCUACCUCCAGCAACUCCCCUAACUCUCCCUACCUCCGGCAACCCCCCUACCUCCCCCUACCUCCGGCAACUCCCCCUACCUCCGGCAACUCCCCCUACCUCCAACAACUCCCCCUACCUCCAACAACUCCCCCUACCUCCAACAACUCCCCCUACCUCCGGCAACCCCCCUACCUCCCCCUACCUCCGGCAACCCCCCUACCUCCCCCUACCUCCGGCAACUCCCCCUACCUCCGCAACUCCCCUAACUCUCCCUACCUCCGGCAACCCCCCUACCUCCCCCUACCUCCGGCAACUCCCCCUACCUCCGGCAACUCCCCCUACCUCCAACAACUCCCCCUACCUCCAACAACUCCCCCUACCUCCAACAACUCCCCCUACCUCCGGCAACCCCCCUACCUCCCCCUACCUCCGGCAACCCCCCUACCUCCCCCUACCUCCGGCAACUCCCCCUACCUCCGGCAACUCCCCCUACCUCCGCAACUCCCCUAACUCUCCCUACCUCCAGCACCUCCCCCUACCUGCAGCACCUCCCCUAACUCCUCCUACAUCCAGCAACUCCCCUUACUCCCCCUACCUCCAGCAACUCCCCUUACCUCCUCCUACCUCCAGCAACUCCCCUUACCUCCAGCAACUCCCCCUACCUUCAGCAACUACCCCUAGCUCCAGCAACUACCCCUAG